AUGACAUCUUUCAAAGACUACCUUCGUGACAAUGCUAAAUUCUACUGUCCACCCGUCAAAUGUCAUCAGACGGCAUUCACUGCCGUGACUGAUGUUGAAGUUGAGCAAGUGUUUGCUCGCUGGGACUCGGACCAUACAGUAUUAGAAGCGCACCACGGUGCGCAGAUGGUCGAUGCUCUUAUCAAUGUUCUUAAUGAGGAGCUUGGUGAGACUCUCGUCCCAGAAAGUAUGAAGGGAAGAUUCCAGCGACACUAUGAGGAUGAUGCGCCCGGAACUUGUGUAAUUAGGACCGAACCAGAGAUCGUGGACAUAUUGGUGUUCUCGAGGUCUAAGGUGCAUUUUGUUUUGACCAUGCUGAGGGGCAAGGAGGGUUUGGUUGAGAUAAAGGCUCUACUUGUCUUCGACUCGGCUGCAGAAGAACUUUUUGAACUGCAAAAUGGCGGAGAUGAUGGAGAUGGUGAAGCUGGCUUCGAGGUACGGUUGGAUUACGAAAGGCCCACGGGCCACGACAGGUAUGAAAGCCAUUAUGAAGGUGUGUGUGUACAUGAUCCUGCGAAUUGCCAUAUGUACACAAUAAAAGCAGUCGCAAAAGGCGAAACACUCGAAGAGCAGAGUUAUACAAUGUAUAUCGUCACAAUCCUAACAUGGGCGUUGGUUAUGGAUUAUGAAGGCAAUGUGCUUACACGUGAUGGAGAGUCACUUAUUGAUCUGCACUAUGCGGCUUCAAUUUAUUGA